AUGUUGAUAUGUCUCUUGCUUCCUCUGCUUCCUCUGCUUCCUCCUGCUUUCGCUGGGCUUGAUAGAUUUGUGCUCGCACCCCUUUACCAUAACGUAGCGUGCUGUCAAGCAGAAAACAAUCUGAGAAGUUACAGCCUUAUGUCGUCUCCCAACAAAGAUAUAGAGGCCUCUCCACUCGUCUAUCAACCCCUCAACAAGGAUCAACGAGAAAUACGUCCUCUUGAGAUCCUCCCCAACCCUCCUGACGGCAAAGUCAACUGCAAACUGCACAUCGUCCUUCUUACACCGGAUCUUUACUACACUUGUAUCUCCUACGUCUGGGGUGACCCGAACGUCACUGAAGAGAUUAUUGUUGAUGGUGUCCCACGACAAGUUACCGUCACCCUUGCUACUGCACUUCGGCAUGUGAAGAGGCAUUGGACUGAGAUCGAAAGGAAGUCAGAUCCCGACCUUGAUACCUCUAAGUUUCGCUUGUGGGCUGAUGCACUCUGUAUCAACCAAGAUGACCUAACUGAAAGACUGCACCAAGUCAGCAUAAUGGCGGAUAUAUAUUCUUCAGCGGCAAUGAUCCUGGCUUGGCUUUCUUCAAAAGAUGACGAUGUCAUCAAAGCGUUCGAUGUUCUCGAACGGAUAGUCCGCAUCGCCGAAGAAAAGGCUGGACCGAUCAAGCUUUCUUGGGAGCCCAAACAGCUUUCCUGGCUCUUUUCACAUAAAUCUACUCUUUUUGAUGUACUAAACCGUGAUAUCAUUCUCGAGGGACCUUACGGACCUGUUUUCAAUUUCUGGAACAGAGUGUGGAUUUACCAGGAGCAUUCGUUAUGCUUCGUGGCAUUAGUCGGUCUUGAUGAUUACAUGCAGCACAUGACUAAAACGAGCAUAGAGUCUACACAGCGAUUCAACACCAGAGGGCUAAGGUUCUCUUUCUCCAGAAUCUUCCACCUCUUCUUCACCCGAUUUGUCUCUCAAGGAUUCAUCGAUACAAAUAAAAUACCUGCAUAUGGUAUGUGGCACUUGGGCUUGUACUUCGCUCUGGGUUCCGAGGCCUCCAACGAUUUGGAUUAUAUCUAUGGCCUCUUUGCUGUCACCAAGUCGCCAAUAGCACCCGACUAUUCCAAGUCCAUUCGUGAAAAGAGGGCAAAGAAGCAGAAUUGGGAGGUCAUAUGCAAAGACGAAUGGCGAUAUGAACUCUUUAACUUCUUGAACAGCCAUGCUGUUGGCCUGAAACGUCUUUACGGGCUCCCGAGCUGGGCUCCUGAGUUUUCAAAAGCUGACAGGCGAAAGGCAAUCGUAAGAGACCCCACGGAGCGUCGCUCGGCAUUUGUUACAGUGCCUGAGCUAUUCAACCGCCUGCCCAUAGCUGUUGUCUGUGAUAGCUUAUGGGUCAAGGGAAUCAAGGUCCAAGUUGUAAAGACUGUCUAUGAAAAGACUAUUUCUAAUACGCUCACGUCAUAUGGACUACAACAAUGUAUCAUGUCUUUUACCCAGUCACCAAAGGAUAUGUACCCCACUGGCAAAACCGUAUUAGAGGUACUGUGCUGCACUCUGCUACGAAAAGAAGCCUAUGAAAACUAUGCUUUCGACGUAGGUCUUUGCACAGGCUGCUGGCUAUACUAUUCGGGCAAACUUGUGACCUCGAAACUGGGGAUGGAAUGGUCUCAAAAACCCUAUGUUAAAUCAGUACUAUCCGAGUGGUUGGAGGCGGGACGAAGUUUCGACGGCAACAAGUUAUUCACAACCGAGGAUGGCUAUAUCGGCACGAUGUCAGACGAUGUGUUGCCUGGAGAUGUGGUUUGUGUUCUUGCAGGCUCGAGCGAGCUUGCAGUCCUCCGUCCCGAGGAUGACCACUACCUUUUUGUUGGGUGUUGCUUUAUGAUAGGUCUGAUGAAUGGCGAGGUCUCGGAGUUUCUGGCAUCAGGGAGAGCCAAGAUUGAGACGAUUGAGAUUCGAUAG